ACAUGUCCGUUCCCAGGGUCAGCACGCCAGUCGCGCUCGGGCUCCAGCAACAUGGACCAAAGGGAGAUUCUGCUGCAAAACCUGGGAAGGGCCCAAGGCAAGAAGCUCAGCCGAGAAGAGUUUGUAGACGAGUUUUUGAAGCUGAAAAGGCAGUCAACAAAGUACAGAUCGGAUAAAAUCUACCCUACAGCAGCAUCUGAGCAACGAGAGAACAUCAAGAAGAACAGAUACAAGGACAUCUUACCCUUUGACCACAGCAGAGUGGAGUUGUCACUGAUCACAUCAGACGCAGAUUCUCAUUACAUCAACGCCAACUUCAUCAAGGGUGUCUAUGGGCCAAGAGCAUACAUUGCAACCCAGGGUCCUCUCCCCACUACUGUCAUCGACUUCUGGAGGAUGAUUUGGGAGUAUGAAGUCUUGAUUGUGGUCAUGGCUUGUAUGGAGUUUGAAAUGGGAAAGAAGAAAUGUGAGCGGUACUGGGCAGAGGUGGGCAGCUCUCCCCUGCGGUGUGGUCCUUUCUCUGUCGCCUGUGAAGCUGAGGAGAAGAAAAAUGAGUAUGUGAUUAGGACUUUGAAGGUGACCCUGAAUGAGAUUGUUCCAGUGAACUUCAGUAUUUUUAGUCUGAUCCAGGAGAUGCGCACGCAAAGGCCUUCCAUAGUGCAGACCAAGGAGCAGUAUGAGCUGGUUUAUGAUGCAGUGAUCGAGCUCUUCAAAAGGCAGAUUCAAGCACUCGAUGCCCAGGAAGAUUCUGCUGCUUCACAGGUACAAACAAGGCACCCUGUAGCCAGGCCACUUCUGACUUCAGAGGAAGAUAUUUAUUCUUGGAGAUUAUUAACUUGCUCAGAGCAAGAGGAACAGGACGUGCACCGAUGUCUUCCUCCGGUGCUACAAAGCAAAGCACCCCUGACACGGGUGUCUGCCGUGGAAGCACACGACAGCUCUGGAUGUGGGGUCCCUCCCGUCAGACAGGCCGUCUCCUUCGGCACUUUGAACGUCAUCAGCUGCAGGAAGGCAGCUGGCGCUGGGAAGCGGGACGCUGGGGACGCUCUCCAGAAACACCGCAGCCUGGAGCUCAGCAGCAUCUCUCCCGAGCAGCUGCUUCUGAGCCCAGAGCCGAAGGCAGCAGGCAGGAGAUGGCCUCAUGGCAGAGCACCGCUGACACGGACUGCAUCGACCCCUUUCGUGCUGGCACGGUGGGGAGAAGGCUGGGAAUGGGACGGUGCGGACGCCACGCCUGUUCUGAGUUCACAGUUGCCAAACGCCAGUUACUCAGGCUUUCAGGGGAAGAAGCAGGACAGACUUUCCCCUGCUGAGCCGAACCAUUCGAGCCGAGAUGCGGAUGGCCCCCCAAGCUGCAGGAACCAUGGGCACUGUCCAUACCCUUACUUCUGCUCAGCAGAAGACCCCUACUUCUUCUGCCUCUCUCCAUAUGAGCCCUCGUCCCCUGUGCUCACCGAGUGCUUCGCAGAGGGGCAGGAUGCAAGUGCCCCCCCAGAGCCUGCUGCCACCAGCUGCCCACCCUCCAGGCCUGCGUCCGGGCACACGGCCCCGCCGAGCAACGAGGGGGUUUCCUCUCCCCUGUGUAAUCUGUCCACGUCUCCCCAAUUAGCUGCCCUGCCACAGCCAGAUGACGAUGAGCCUCCGCCCCUGCCCGAGCGAACCCCCGAGUCCUUUAUUGUGGCCAGUGAAUCUGGACAAUUUCCUCUGGCCACUUCUGAUUUUCAGCUUUCAGCCAGAAAUAUUGGAACCUUUUUCGAGUGGAGUGGUGAGUCUCGCUCAGAGGUGUUUAAUGACUCGGUGAGACUGAGACCGUGUAAGAGCGUGAAGCUUCAGAACCCACAAACAGAGACAACCCAAUAUCGCUCUAACUCUCCUCCCCCCUUCCUUGAAAGAACCCCAGAGUCAUUUGUUCUUGCUGAUGCAGCAAGUUUGCAGCCUGCUGCAAUAAAUUCUAUGAUGAGUCCUUUGGGCUUGGAGGACAAUGCUUCUGAAAUAUCAUCAAAAGAGCCUACGAAAUGCUUCAGGAGAAGCAAGAGCUUGAAAAUAUUGAAAAAUGUGAAAAAAAGCAUCUGUAGUCCAUCGUCACUGACAAAACCACCAGAAGCUGCCCCAUCAAACCAUUCGAGGUCUUUCCUUAACUUUGGCUUUGCAAAUCGAUUUUCAAAACCUAAAGGACCAAGAAACCCACCACCAGCAUGGAAUAUUUAG